GCCCCCGUGCUGUCGGAACCCCCCGCUUCCUGCUGUGUCUCUACCUGGUGGGCUUCUUGGAUUUAUUUGGCGUCAGCAUGGUUGUCCCUCUACUGAGCCUUCAUGUCAAGUCCCUUGGAGCAAGUCCAAUAGUUGCUGGAAUAGUAGGGUCCUCCUAUGGCAUCUUACAACUAUUUUCAAGUACGUUGGUGGGCUGCUGGAGCGACGUGGUCGGAAGACGCUUCUCCCUGCUGCUCUGCAUCCUGCUCAGCGCGCUGGGUUAUCUCCUCCUGGGAGCUGCCACCAGUGUGUUCCUGUUUGCUCUGGCUCGGGUCCCUGCAGGUAUUUUUAAGCACACACUGUCCAUAUCAAGGGCUCUACUCUCGGAUCUGGUGGCAGAGAAGGAGCGGCCACUGGUGCUUGGGCGGUUCAACACGGCUUCCAGCGUGGGCUUCAUCUUGGGCCCCAUGGUCGGCGGCUAUCUCACUGAAUUAGACGGCGGAUUUUAUCUGACAGCCUUCAUCUGUUUUUCUGUCUUCAUGCUCAACGCUGCUCUGGUCUGGCUGGUCCCAUGGAAUGAAACACACUGCGAUGGAGCAAAGCAGAAUGUGCAGAUUGCAAAGGCUGGAGUGCUGUCAGUAAAGACACGCUCUGAAGUACAGGAUACAGCCACCGCCCAUGGGCCCAGGGAGGGAGAGAAGGCGCGGCCAUCCUGGGUACAAGUCACGUGGGCCCUGCGGGACAUGAAGAGCCUGGUGUUUUCCGAAAUGUGGGACCUGUUUCUGAUCCGCUUCCUGAUGGGCGUGGCGGUCAUGCUGUAUUACAGUAACUUCGUCUUGGCCCUGGAGGAGCGCUUUGGGGUGCGGCCCAGGACCACUGGCUACCUCAUUAGCUACAGCAACGCACUGGGCGCCCUGGCCGGCUUUGCGCUGGGGCCGAUCCUGCGGCUAUACCAGCAUAACUCACACGCCGUGCUGCUGCGGUCCAGCGCGCUCACCUGCGCGCUGCUGGGCCUCCACGCCUCGGCCCAUACCAUGGGCGUGGUCAUCUUCUCCUCCACACUGCUGGCCUUCUCCACCUCCAUCGGCAGGACAUGCGUCACCGACCUCCAGCUGACUGUGGGCGGAGCCCAGGCCAGUGGUACAGUCAUCGGAGUGGGCCAGUCGGUGACAGCAGUGGGUCGCAUCGUAGCCCCGCUCCUCUCCGGAGUGGCCCAGGAGGUGAGCCCGUGCGGCCCGCCGAGUCUGGGGGCAGCCUUAGCCUUAGUGGCGAUUUUUAUAAUGUCAGUACACAAACGUCACUCCGGCAGUCCCGAGAGCAAAAAAUUAAAAACUGAGUAAUAUGCUUUUGGAUAACAGGAAGAGAUAGUACCGCAGGUGUGCAAGCCCAGGACAGGGGGGCCCUUGUGAGAAGCGGCUUUGGAUUAGGGUCAGUGGUGUCAGGAGAGGUUGCUCUGUUGGCCUUCCAUCUGGGUGCUCAUCUGGCCACAGCUGGAUCUGCGAGUUGAUGCAAACCCCAGGCCCACAAAGGAAGGGCAGGCUUGGGGCAAAGCUUUGCCAAAGAGAAUGUUCCGCACUUACCUUCCUGUCUGGGCCAGUGAGAUUCAACUUUUCAAGGGCAGGAAAGCACUCACCAGCUAUAGGACAGAGAUGCGAUGAUAGAAACCACACACAUUUCUCUGCUCAGCACUGUGUUAAUUCAGACUGUCUGGAGGAACACGGGUGCCCUGUUGGAUUCCAUAAGCUAAGAAGGAGCGUUUCUGCUCUCAGAAUCCUGGACAUUGAAAAGCUGCUGAAUGACGUCUAGCCUGUUUCCCAAAGGCUGCUUAAGAACCACAUACUGACCUCACCAUCCGCCCAACCCCACCAUGCCCGGACACUGACCCAGUGGCCUGGUGAAGUGGAGAAAUCUUGGGGAUUAUGAAGCAGCACAGGCACGGCCUCAUGGCGGUUGGGCAGGCACCGCAAGGAGGCAUGCUUCCAGAGCCUUGACUGGCUUCAUUCCUACCUGUCCAUGACUGUUGGGAUGCUCUCUGUAGCCACAGUGUGCUGGGCCCUUGCUGCCUCACAGCAGGUGUACUCUUCAGAAAGAAAUGGGCGCCGAACCCGUACACACUGGGGUCAGUGCAUUGAACAAACAGCGUGUUCACAGUCUGACAGUAUCUGCAUGUGCACUGGGCACCAAUGGAAGGCUGCCUUCCUGUCCCUUCUGGCAGACAUGGACCUGGCGGGGAAACCACGGCACAUCCUUGGAUUUCAGAGGAAUACUUGACGCAUUCAUCUGAAAGUAAGGGUCAGGUUGUGGGCCCUACCUGAGGAACUGCAUUCUUCAGUGUUUGUUCCAUGUUAAUGUCUUGCUUAAGACGACAGGCCAUUGGUCCAUGGGGAAGCUUUUGGGUGUGUUUUCCCAAGGAGCUGGGGAAGAGGCCCUAGUGAAAGCUAACGCUGACUCACUGAAGGUUAAGGCUGAUGUGCCAGCCACUGGGUGGAUCAGUUACUAGGAAAAGCCAUAGAAGGGAGCCCUCUUUCACACGUAAACCACUCUAGUUCGCAUUCCUUUCAUGUCCUCAACAAGUCCACUAGGACAUUACGCUGUGUCCAGUGCAGCACGUGCAUAAUUGUAAAUGAUAUUUUGGAGACACUAAUCUGCCACAACUUUAGUAUUUAUUGUUUACAAAGCAGAAACAUUUCCAUAACUUGAGAAGUUCUAUAUGAAGUAAUUGCAAAUAUUUAUGAUAACUAAUAGGAAAUAAAGUUUUGUGGGAAGACUGUCCUUCCGCCUACCUGGCUACAAGGGAAUGGAGAACUUUUUCUCAAGUGUCGCAGUUAGGAACACAAGCACCAGAUGCUCCCAAGGAGACCGGAAGCUCGUGUGCAGUGCAAUGGCCUUGCCUUCCGGGAGCGUGGGGAAUAGACGCGCAAGGACAGUGGGUGAGCACUGCCUUAUACAACGUGUACAUGCAGAAAAGGAAUGCCUUUUCCCCAUUUUCAGUAAGAAGCACAUUACUUAGCAACUUUUAAAUGUGUAGAUGCUGUUAUUACUGUUAAAUUCACAGCAUUUUCCCCUUUGAAGUUAAAAAAAGAUAGACCUCUUAAUGAGGGUUUAUAGUUGAUCAGUCAAUAGGAAUAUUGAAAUCCAAUGAUUGAUGUUCAUAUUUGGGACAUUCUUUUGCACUUUUGCAGUAACGAUUGUAGUCUCAUUAAUGUGAUUUUUGUUUCCAAGAUGUGGUGUCCUAGAGUUUUGUAUUACGAAGUCUGACACUUUGCUGUUCACAGUGUGGUGCCACUGCAAUGCCCACAUCCCAUAGCGAGUGCUUAGGUGCCAGUCCCAGCUGGGUGCUCCAGUCCAGCUUUCUGGUAAUGGGCACUGUGGCAAAUGGCAGUGCUGGCUCUAGGAGUGAGGACCUGGACUGAGUUCCUGGCUCCUUGCUUCUCUACCUGCCUGAACCCCCAGCCUCUGCCUGCCUUCUGGGAGUGAACCAGCAGGUGGGAACUGCUCAAGCAAUCAGAUAACUAGAUCUGUGGUGCGGCAGUCUCAUCACCCAGGAGCGUGUCGGUCAUGGAGACACUCAGACUCCAUCCGGGACCUACCAGGGACCAUUUCAACAAGGAUUUCUGACAAUUUGUUUGCACAGUGAUGUUUGAAAAUCACCCUCUACUGGGUAGCAUUUGUAUUGUUUAUAGGAUGUAAUCUCAGGGAAAAUUAAAGCUGCUCA